CUCCCAGCAGCCAAUCGGCGCCGCUGCAAAAGGACUGAAGGUUCGUGCAGGACUUUCCAGUUGUUUUUCAUUCACCAAAAAGAGAGGAAAAAAAAAUCCCAUUCACAAAAAAACCUGCCUUGGCUUGUUUUUCUUCUCGCUGUUUACCUCAUCGCACUCCUCCGAGAGCUGGAAAAGUGGCGCUGAAUGUGACGUCAAUCAGCUUGGAGCUGCGCAUUUUUGUGGUUUGAAAGUCCACAAGCGCACGGCCAGGACAAAGAUCUUAGCCAGUUAGCACAACUUGAGUGGAAAAACACAAAGUUCCAUGAACAUGGUGCUGUUCCUUCCUCUGUGUGCACCUUGACCACCUGGGGGCAGUAUAAUGAAAACAUAUGGACAUGGUCCCAGCGCUGCAAUAAACUGCAGUAAUAGGAGUUGUUCUUCACACUAGAUGAAAAUAUAUGCCGAGUAGCGCCGGCGUUGCCGGGACGCCUCAUUUGUGUCGAGGACAAAUCAGCGCUGGCACGCUAUGAGCCACCUGCGGCCCGGCCUGCUCGAACCAGCACACUGGCUCGCUUGUUCCGGGGUGCGAGUCUUCUCAAUCAGGUGUACCUAAUGAAAUGUCGAGAGGAUGUUGCCUCGGCGUCUGCUGGGCUUUAGUGAAAGGGAAGAAGAUUUGUCCAUACGUCAGUCCUCCCUCAAACUCUUCUGCCCUAAUCUCAUGUCCUAUAGUCCAUCGCCCGGUUUCCCAUAUGCGGGCCAGCCAAAACCUCAGCAGUGGUCUGCUCUUGUUUGUCACGAAAGGCAGUAUGAAUGAAAUGGUUACCAUGCCAACACGGCCUCAACCUGCCCGUCAGGUCCAAUCCCAUUUUUGAAAAUGGCCAGCUCGGAGAACGUGGCGUUACGUAAUCGGUAGAGUGGUUAACGAGGUCAAGAGGUUAAGUUGUCGUUUGUGGAUGUGAAUACAGAUUGAUGGUGGAGGUUAGAUGCGAUAAACGGCAGAGCGGUGAUGAAGCGCAUCUGGAAGACGUUCCACGCUUCCCAUCUCUCUCAUCCCUCCCAGGAAAUAGAGAGAGCACGUGAGACGCGCAACUUCACCCCUCCCCUCGACCUCACCCACUUCCCGCCCCCAACAUCAGCCCACCUGGCACUUUUACGCGCAUGCAGUGAGCGAGCGGAGGAAUGGACUCCCGGCUGCCGAUCGGACCCGGCAUGCCCACGCCGGACCCUCCGUGGAACGUGAGCUCCAUCAGUCCGCCUCACCGGCUCAUGGAGCUGGUCCCGCUCUCCACAGCCGGCGCCGCGGCUCCGAGCCACCCGUUUCCAACGGUGGACGUCCCAGACCACGCGCACUACACCAUCGGGGUGGUCAUCCUCGUUGUGGGCAUCACGGGCAUCCUGGGAAACUUUCUGGUCAUUUACGCUUUCUGCAGGAGCCGUACCCUGCGCACGCCGUCCAACAUCUUCAUCAUCAACCUGGCCAUCACCGACUUCUUCAUGAGCAUGACGCAGGCGCCCAUCUUCUUUGUCAGCAGCAUGUACAAGAGGUGGAUCUUCGGCAAGAGAGGCUGCGAGUUGUACGCCUUCUGCGGCGCCCUUUUCGGCAUCUGCAGCAUGAUGACGCUGAUGGUGAUCGCGGUGGAUCGCUACGUGGUGAUCACGCGGCCGUUGGCCUCGCUGGGUUCCAUGUCUCGCAGGAAAGCGCUGAGCAUCGUGGCGGUGGCCUGGCUCUACUCCAUGGGCUGGAGUUUGCCGCCGUUCUUCGGCUGGAGCGCUUACGUCCCAGAGGGUCUCAUGACGUCCUGCUCGUGGGACUACAUGACGUUCACGCCGGCCGUGCGCUCCUACACCAUGCUGCUCUUCACCUUUGUCUUCUUCAUCCCGCUGUUUGUCAUCAUCUUCUGCUACUGCUGCAUCUUCAGGGCCAUCCGACACACCACUCGGGCCUUCGAGAAGAUCAACUGUGAGGGCUCCAGGGAGACUGCCAAGAGGUUCCGCAAGAUGAAGAGCGAGUGGAAGAUGGCCAAGAUCGCGCUGAUCGUUAUUCUGCUCUUCAUCAUUUCCUGGGCGCCCUACUCCUGCACUGCGCUCACCGCUUUCGCCGGGUACGCAGACCUGCUGACCCCGUACAUGAACUCCGUCCCGGCAGUGAUCGCCAAAGCGUCGGCCAUCCACAAUCCCAUCAUCUACGCAAUCACGCACCCCAAGUACAGGUCUGCGCUCAGCCGCUACGUGCCCUACAUGCGCGCGCUGCUGUGCGUGCGCGUGCCCGACCGCUUCGGCAGCAGCAGCUUCCAGUCCACCCGCCGCUCCACGCUCACCAGCCAAUCGGAGAGCAACCGCCACUGCAAGCGCACCCCCUCCUCGCAGUCGGACAGCGAAUCAGCCCACCUAUCCGACAUCGAGGAUGACGGCUCCUUCCGGGCGUCUGCCAACCCUCAGGUGUCGUGUGAUGUCAAACAUGGGCGCCGGUCCAGCCAGAGGUUAAAGAGCGUGAUGGAAGCGGAGGGCAUCUCCAUGUCGGACCUCGGUUUCCUGCCAAAGAGUCACCUCCCUGCCAGUCUAUGCCAAGCAGCGGACGAAUUUGGCCCUCGGCUCAUCCACAAGCCGACGCCCGCCGUCAUUGUCACCUCCAUUUCCAGCCCGUCAAUACUUCACAGCCCCCCUGGUUUCCAUGGCAACCACAGCAAAGGCUUCAGCCCCGUCGCUAAGGCGUCGCUGGACAUCGCCCGACUGGACGCACCCUUUGCGACGGCGUGAGCAUCAUUGGACGGGUAGACGUGUGUGAUCCUUUUUUUCCAUAAGCAGUAUGCCAACUGUUAGCAGUGCUAAUUUAAAGCGCCAGCAUGCACCGGUGUUCUAAAAAUGAGCCCACAUCCAGCACAUUUUGGAUGAGUAGAUGACUUAAAUGUAGUUGGCGCACAAAAGGUUUUUGCACAGACCAAUUACAAGUAAGUCAGCCCCAACCCAUUGGGGUGAUAUUAGGGCUUUUACAAUCUGCAAAGAUUUGCUGAGAUGUUUGCCUUUUUCUCCUAUACGUAACAACACAAAAGAAAAAUGACAUUCAAACCUCCCCCACCAAAAUUAUAAAUGUUGAACGUAUUUUUAAGCAAAUCCUAAAGGACAAAUGUCCUGCCUGUAAAUUAUUUCUUUAUUGUUAAAUUAUUGUUUAUUGUUAAAUAAAAAAAUUCCCAAAACAAAAAAUUAGUCGUAAAAACUAAAUAUUUGAUCUGCCUCAAAAAAAUCCAUGUUGGUUGGACCCUAUAAAUAAACCAGCAAUUGGGGGAAAAAAAAUCCAGAGCAAGCACAGGUGCACGCAGUGUACAUGUCCUGUGAUUGAUGUGUGAAAAAUUGCAUCAGCCAUACAUGAUGAUCGCUUCUGGCACAGUUGAAAGAAACAGGACUAAAAAUAAUCUAGUCUUUAAAAAAAAAAAAAAAGAACUGUACAAGCACAAUUAAUAUAAUUGCUCCUCUUUCCCCUUUGUGAUGCCACGGAAGCACAGUGCUCUGAUUUUUUGAAUUCUUUACUAAUUUAUUACAUCUAAAAUAAUUUUGAAAAAUGCUCUCAGUCAUAAUGCUGACAAAAACAUCCGCUUCAUAAGAUAUUGUCACCAAGUGGGCUUUUCGCCAGUUUUAGUGACAUUUAUACAUUUCUGAAUGUUAACAAUAAAUCAACCAAUCAUUUUAUGAGAUGAAUAACUAAAAAUUACAGAAAAUUAUAAAUACAUUCAGGGAAGAAAAAAAGAAGCGAAAUUAACGUGUCUGUAAAUACUCACUAGGCCUGUCAUCCUUUGCCCAACUCUGCACUAUAUGGACAAAAAUAUUGGGACACGGUGGCUAUUGCUUCACUACAUGCAUUGUUUACAUCAAGAGAGCUAUAGUUUUGGUGUCCCCAUAGUCCUUGAGGAGGGGACUGUAAAUAUCGUAAAGGAUCACGGAAGGCUAAGCCCCAUUUUGUUUAUUCUUUGUACAAAGAAAAUGUCUCCGAUGGUAGUUUUUAUUUAUUUUUCUAAAUAAACUGGUUGCUUCACUGUG